UAGUCUGUUUAAAGGUUGCUAAUAAAAGUAUUUCAUUAUUAAAUUUAAUAUUUACGAUGUACACCCUAUACGUUUCGAUUCGAUAUACACGCCGUUUUGCAAUAAAAAAAUCAACAAAUUGCGAUAUUCAGAUUAAACUUCCUUGACGUGAUUCCGUCAAGCAUGAGCAACAGGCUCGAAUACUUGGUAAAGUAUUCAGUUGCGCCUCCGCCCAGCAGAGAUUAUUACAGUCUGAAGGUUUUUCAAGACGAGAUAAUUCUAUACCUAUGGAGAAUUUCUCACGGACCUCAUAAAGCACCGAUCGUAUAUCGCUCCAAGUUUACGGAAUUCAAUCAAGAAAAAUCCUUGCAGAACGAAAUACAUCGUGGAUUUGGUAAAUAUUUAUUAAAACAGAUACAGAAUAUUGCUGAAGGAAAUAAAAAUACUCUUUUAACUUUACCCGCAUCUUUAAUCGAAAAAAUAUCACGAUAUUUGGAGUUCACCGACAUAAUUAAAUUAUCUUCAUUAUCACAUAUUGCCUAUGAGGUAUUCAAUGCUGAUUCAGUUUGGCAGAUACUUUAUAUGAGAGACAAAAACGCCAAUUUUAGUUCAGAAGAGAGGCACAAGAUUAUAGUCUCUGAUUGGAAAGAAUUAUAUAAAGACAUACAAAUGCAGGCGUCGAUCAAAGAUCAAAGGAAUCUUCGAGUUCCAUCAUCAGUUACGAGUAAUGCAAAAACUAACAAAUUACUCAUAAGACCAAUCAGUGAUGCACCAAAAUCUAUCUUAAACAAAACGUCAACUAUCAAGAAUAUGACGAAAAAACGCUCAGAAUCUUCGAUGGCGAAUCUUGUCAGGAUUCCACUUACCACAACAAUGCCUGACACUCGAUUUCGCACGUCUACAAAGCACGAGAAACCGCUUUUGCAAACAAAAGAUAUAAAGAGUACUAAUUCUAUAAUCAACGUGAAUAAAAUAAAUUUAAAAAAACAUGUAAUUAUGCCAAGAACGACACCGAAACAAGAAACUGAAAGUGUCCCUAAACACAACGAAAUGUUUGACGAACAACUAAACCGGACGUCGAAAAAAUACUCGAAUAAAAUUAACAACGUCAACAUGAAAUCAACAAUAUCAACACAAGAAAAGAAAUUAAAAUGUAAAACGCAAACUGUUUCUAAAACAACAUUACCCAAAAAUAUCGUAGGAAAUAUCAAAUCGUCUCCAGUUUUAACACAAAAUUUACAUAGCAAGACUCAAUCGAAAAUAAAGAGCAAACCUAAGAAAAAAGUAAUUGCGACCAAGUCUGAAAUACUUAAUACUGAUAAAGCGUUGUUGGAGAAUCAUUUUAUAGUUGGAAAUGGCAAUUUUGAUUUGGCUGACGUAAACGAUGCAAGUUUGAAGAACAUUCGAAGUCCACGAAGCAUAUUUGAUUAUGACUUUAGCUACGUACAACAAACGAAGAAAACACGGGACAUUUUAGAUAUUAGACACGAAAUUCAGAAUAUUGAUAAGUUGAAACAAUUAAAACUUACUGGAGACAGUGUCAUAAAUAACUUUUCCAACAAAAUGUUUCGGGGUGACAGAAUUCUGGAGAAGCUUUCGGAGAAAUCUGAACCAUUUAGCGAAGCAUCCAACGAGUCUCUCGUAAACAACAAAAAAUCAUUACCAGGAGGGGACAAUCAAUCUUCUUCAUUAUCUGAGAAAUAUCUGAAAGCUCGAGAAGAUUUUCGAAAAUCUUUAAAUUGGAAACAAAGUGAUCUAGUACCGUCUCAAAAUCAAUGGGAUCCAUAUCCAGACAUAAGCCUUGACGACAAAUCUUUCAUAAGUCCUAGAAAAGUUAAUAACAAUAGAAAGAAAUCCUCUAUUUCUAAGACUUUAUUAAAAACGUCCUCACUAAAACCAUACGCUUCGAAUAGUUUGGAGAGUAGAAAAGAAAAAAAUACUGAUGUCCAAAGAGAAGUUAAAUAA